CGAUGAUCGCGAUGAAUGGCAAUCAUUAUAAUCAUCGAAGUGUGGGGACUCUCCUUCUCAGAAUGUCCCCCCACUUUGGAAACUGGUCCCGACUACCAGAGAGUGUCCGCUGCGCAGGGUUUUCAAAACGAAUCCAGUCCCUCUCUACCAUCGCAAACUCAGGUUUGCCGCACAGUGAAGUUCAACAACAAGAACAAGAGGAACAACAACAACAAGAGUAGCUUAAAGUGCGAAAUACAAAAAAGUAUUACGAAAAUGGUGCAGAAAAUGUACGCGUUCGGAAUCCUCUUCUUGGCCGUGGUGUGCCUAAAGACUGGUUUUGCAUUGGAUUGCUACGAAUGCAACAGUCACAACGACACCAGAUGCUCUCAGGACACGCUUCCCGAUGAGAUGGUGAAGUCUUGUCCGAAGGAGACGAAAGAGGGCAAACCCUACAUCCUGUGCAGGAAGAUCAAGCAGAUCAUAGACUUCGAAGUGAACGGAUUGCCCCCAGACAACCGUGUGAUCCGCUCCUGCGGAUGGGACGAUUCCACCUACAAGAACCGCUGCUACCACCGUUCCGGAUUCGGAGGUCGUCAAGAAGUAUGCGCCUGCGAAGGGGACAAAUGCAACUCAUCCUCCAGCCUCCUCGGAUCUGCCACCCUUUUGAUGUCCCUUCUGGCACUUCUGAAACUAUCGAACCGUUGCUAAUAAACCUCGGCAGCACCUCUAGCAUCAAAUAAGUUUAAAAGUUAGCACGACGAAGAGUAUAUAUAUAUAAAUAUAAAAAAAAAAAAAAAUAACAGAAAGAAACCUCUCAACUCUCAGUUAUAGGUAGCAUUUAAGAGUGUUUUACAAUGUAUGCUUUUUACGUAAAAGAAAAAAAUAUCAAUCAAUUUUUGUAAUUGAAAUUUUCAUCUAUCUUUUUGUAAUUAUCCUUGUGUGGAUGGAUUGAAUAACUGCCAAGGGAGACUAUUUGUUGUGUUUUUGUUUAUAAUUUUUUUUUGAGUAAAAUUUAAUACACCCAG